AUGAAGAAGGCAGUAUGUGUUAUGCGGGGUGAGGAAGGCGCUAAGGGCGUUGUUCAUUUUGAACAAAAGGAUGACGCUGUAAAGAUCCAUGCAGAAUUUGAAGGUCUGAAACCCGGCAAGCACGGUUUCCAUGUUCAUGAGUUUGGAGAUCAGACUCAAGGCUGUAUUUCAGCUGGUGCUCACUUCAAUCCUCAUAAGAAGAAUCAUGGAGCACCUGAUGCUUCUGAGCGACACGUUGGUGAUCUUGGUAAUGUUGAGGCUGGAUCCGAUGGAAAAGCCGUCUUAGAUCUUACUGACAAACUAAUUUCGCUUUCGGGGGAAAAUUCCAUUAUCGGGAGAUGUAUGGUGGUUCACGCUGACCCGGAUGAUCUGGGCUUGGGUGGCCAUGAACUGAGUCUGACCACAGGGAAUGCCGGAGCUCGUGUUGCUUGCGGAGUGAUUGGAAUUGCCAAGGCCGAUUAG